AUGUCUCCUCCCAUGCAGCUCACCCACGCCUCCCGCCAGCACAGCAUGUCUCCUCCCAUGCAGCUCACCCACGCCUCCCGCCAGCACAGCAUGUCUCCUCCCAUGCUGCUCACCCACGCCUCCCGCCAGCACAGCAUGUCUCCUCCCAUGCUGCUCACCCACGCCUCCCGCCAGCACAGCAUGUCUCCUCCCAUGCUGCUCACCCACGCCUCCCGCCAGCACAGCAUGUCUCCUCCCAUGCAGCUCACCCACGCCUCCCGCCAGCACAGCAUGUAUCCUCCCAUGCAGCUCACCCACGCCUCCCGCCAGCACAGCAUGUCUCCUCCCAUGCUGCUCACCCACGCCUCCCGCCAGCACAGCAUGUCUCCUCCCAUGCUGCUCACCCACGCCUCCCGCCAGCACAGCAUGUCUCCUCCCAUUCUGCUCACCCACGCCUCCCGCCAGCACAGCAUGUCUCCCCCCAUGCUGCUCACCCACGCCUCCCGCCAGCACAGCAUGUCUCCUCCCAUGCUGCUCACCCACGCCUCCCGCCAGCACAGCAUGUCUCCUCCCAUGCUGCUCACCCACGCCUCCCGCCAGCACAGCAUGUCUCCUCCCAUGCAGCUCACCCACGCCUCCCGCCAGCACAGCAUGUCUCCUCCCAUGCUGCUCACCCACGCCUCCCGCCAGCACAGCAUGUCUCCUCCCAUGCUGCUCACCCACGCCUCCCGCCAGCACAGCAUGUCUCCUCCCAUGCUGCUCACCCACGCCUCCCGCCAGCACAGCAUGUCUCCUCCCAUGCUGCUCACCCACGCCUCCCGCCAGCACAGCAUGUCUUCUCCCAUGCUGCUCACCCACGCCUCCCGCCAGCACAGCAUGUCUCCUCCCAUGCUGCUCACCCACGCCUCCCGCCAGCACAGCAUGUCUCCUCCCAUGCUGCUCACCCACGCCUCCCGCCAGCACAGCAUGUCUCCCCCCAUGCUGCUCACCCACGCCUCCCGCCAGCACAGCAUGUCUCCACCCAUGCUGCUCACCCACGCCUCCCGCCAGCACAGCAUGUCUCCUCCCAUGCUGCUCACCCACGCCUCCCGCCAGCACAGCAUGUCUCCUCCCAUGCAGCUCACCCACGCCUCCCGCCAGCACAGCAUGUCUCCUCCCAUGCAGCUCACCCACGCCUCCCGCCAGCAAAGCAUGUCUCCUCCCAUGCUGCUCACCCACGUCUCCUCCCAUGCUGCUCACCCACGCCUCCCGCCAGCACAGCAUGUCUCCUCCCAUGCUGCUCACCCACGCCUCCCGCCAGCACAGCAUGUCUCCACCCAUGCUGCUCACCCACGCCUCCCGCCAGCACAGCAUGUCUCCUCCCAUGCUGCUCACCCACGCCUCCCGCCAGCACAGCAUGUCUCCUCCCAUGCAGCUCACCCACGCCUCCCGCCAGCACAGCAUGUCUCCUCCCAUGCAGCUCACCCACGCCUCCCGCCAGCAAAGCAUGUCUCCUCCCAUGCUGCUCACCCACGUCUCCUCCCAUGCUGCUCACCCACGCCUCCCGCCAGCACAGCAUGUCUCCUCCCAUGCUGCUCACCCACGCCUCCCGCCAGCACAGCAUGUCUCCUCCCAUGCUGCUCACCCACGCCUCCCGCCAGCACAGCAGGCGUCCUACCAAAACAUCAACUAAGCAUCCACAUGAACUCCUGUGAAAACUCUACUAACAAAGUGCAGUACUAA